GGUUUGGUCCCUUUUCGGUCGGCGUCUCAUCGGCAAACGUUCAACAAAAUUGCAAACCAACGAUUUAGAAGAAAAACUCAACGAUGUCGUACCUCCUUACCGAAAUAGCCCUGGAAAUGCUGGGCUACAAGUUCUACGACACCAAUGGAACGUUUCAUCUUACCAAUUUCCAAACAAAUACGGCCUUGGCAGAGACCAAUCCCAACGAGCCGUCGCUGGAGGAGUUAAUUUACUCCGAUGAGCCCCAUCGCGUUAAUGGAAACUCUACUGCUGGCAAAACCAAAGAACCAACUGCGUCUACAAGCAAGGGCCAAUCCACUGAGACCGCUACUCUGCCUCUCAAUACGCGCCGCACGCCGGCUCGUGCUUUGGCCAAAAUCAUGGACUACGAAAGUGAUAAAAUUUGCAACCAGAUCCGUGCGCGACUGGGCAAGUCGAUCAUCAAGGCUAAUGCGGGAAACAACGAGAAGCUGCUGGAGGAGUGCUUAAAGGAGGAGACGAAACUGAUCCAAGAGGAUGCGAUUGAGAUGCAAAAUUUCCGCGCCUUUUUGGAGGAUCGGCUGCAGCGUGUCGACAAGCGACCGUACGAAAAGUACACCAAGACAUUUGGUGCCGAGUAAAAACCAUAUCGAAUAUCGUAAACACCCAAAGAGAAAGAAGAAUUCUAAAUUUAUUCUGUUCUAAGAAUGUUCCUAA